CAGGAAACAAUCUAAACGUUUCAAGCAUUUCAAUUAUUUUUUUUCACGAACACUAUAUUUCGGAUAAAGAAAUUUGGGAUCGUUUGGCUUCGGAAAAAACCCCCAAAAAUAGCUUCGACCUGAAUGCAUAGAACGGAUCUCUGUGAAGCUUUUCUGAUGUACUUUUUUCUUUGUCUUUUCAGGACCUCAUUCUUGCGAAGCAGAGCAACGCCCGUCUGAAAAGGUGUUGACGUGCAGUUGAUGGUGCAAUAAUCAUUCAUGCAUUUUAUUUUGAAUAACAACUGCAGUAUACAUUCUAUGUGUUACAAAAGAUGCGCCUGACUCUACCUUCUAUGCAUUAAAAGCAGAGGCAUAAACUUUUUUGUCAUUUAGUUGGAUCAGAAUGUAUCAGCAAGGGCAGAGCCAGCCCCCACCAAUGGGAGCGGUUGGUGGUGGAUCCCAAUUGCCAUAUGCCAUUAACUCAUAUCAGACGAACCAAAUGACCGGGCCACUGACUCAUCCAUCUGUUGGGGCUCAGCCUGCUGGAGUUCAGCUUGGACAACACCAACUUGCUUAUCAGCAUAUCCACCAGCAACAACAACAGCAACUUCAGCAACAACUCCAAUCUUUUUGGGCAAAUCAGUACCAAGAAAUCGAGAAGGUAACCGAUUUCAAGAACCAUAGCCUUCCUUUAGCAAGGAUAAAGAAGAUUAUGAAAGCUGAUGAGGAUGUAAGAAUGAUAUCAGCUGAGGCACCAGUAAUAUUUGCCAGGGCAUGCGAAAUGUUCAUCUUGGAGUUGACAUUGCGAUCUUGGAAUCACACAGAAGAGAACAAAAGGAGGACACUUCAAAAGAAUGACAUUGCAGCGGCAAUCACAAGGACUGACAUAUUUGAUUUCUUAGUUGACAUUGUGCCAAGGGAGGAUCUGAAAGAUGAAGUACUUGCAUCAAUCCCAAGAGGAACAAUGCCUGUUGGGGGUCAUGCUGAUGCUCUCCCUUAUUGCUAUAUGCCACCUCAUCAUGCACCACCAGUUGGGACUCCUGGGAUGAUCAUUGGUAAGCCUGCGAUGGACCCAACUAUGUACACCCAACAGCCACAUCCCUAUAUGGCUCAACAGAUGUGGCAACAGGCACCAGAGCAACAGCAAUCACCUUCAGAUCAUUAGUACCUGCAGCAUAGAGGUUGAGAAGUGUAAAUUUGCUUCUUUUUAAUUUGUCGUUGGGUGCUUGUUGAAAACUAGAAUGGUGAAGGUGGCCAUUUAAAUGUUUUAUAGGAAAGAUCAGUGUAGUUGCUUGACUUUCACUUUUCCUGCCUUCUCUUCUCAAAGUUUGUAUCUUCUGUUUUAUAUUUAUUUUGUUCUGGUUAAAGUAGGUGGUGAUGAUGUAGAUAACCAAAGCUAAUGCUUUGCUCACUUAUUCUUUGUGGUAUAUAUGCCUUUUCAUUGAUCUUA